AUGGCAUUUACAUCCUUCUGCAGACAGCAUGACUUUAUUGAUCAUCCCACCAGCCAAAAUUUUUCUACAAGAAUACUUGUUGAUGUUAGUCUUUUUGAGUCUGGCGGAUUCAUUACCAUCCAUGAACUGCGGUCAUUACAACGCAAAGGUCCUAGCUCCUUGAAACAGUCCGGUCUCUUUAAGUUGAAGAAUAGAGUUGCAGCAAACCAUGCCAUAUUCUCUACCUCUGUUUCGUUUGCUUGCCAUUUGCUCGUGGAAAGAUACCUACGACAUAAUAGGCUUGGCUGUGAUCUAAAGAUCAAAGCAUUUGCCGCAGUGACAGAAUCCAGACGAUUGAAGUUCUUAGCAUUUAAUUCGCUCGACUGGUAG